AUAUUUUUAACAAAAGCAGCAACGAACAAAAAUACAAACAUUUUUAACAUGUCGACUCAAACAACUCCUACAAAAAAUACAAAGUCAUGUGAACCAUAUCCUUAUCCAAACUGCUGGCAAGAUGAUGCCCGUGUCCAAGUAUUAUUGGCACCAUUCCGCGACCGUAGUGUCAAUCCGGAAAAUUACGACUCAAAAAUGAAAUUUUGGCAAGACACAAUUCGAGAGUAUUGUCUAUUUAAAGGUAAAGCCAACUUCUGUAAACAGGAAUUGCAGUACAAUUUCACCAAAGGUCAAAGAGUGCCAUGUUGCUUAGAUAAUGUAUUGGAUGAAAUGCAGAGACAAAAACUUAUACGUUUACGCAAAGACUAUGAAUACGAUCCGGAAAAUAGCUGGUCUGGUUGGGCAGUUAAUAGCUUUGUGAAGAAACCAUUGUCUUGGGGAUUUGAUAAAAUUAAGCUAAAACUUGGUGCUUCGGACGCAGCACAAUUGGGCUUAAUACAGUUUAUACAUAUGGAAGUUAUAAGGAAAUUUUGUUCAGAACUACAGGAUCUGUUGUUGCAGCCUCCCUACUUGGGUACGCUUCAUCACUAUGAAGUGCUGAAGCAAGAACUUUGCACUGCAUUGAAUAUUUCUGAGGAAUGUUUGCGUAUUUGUCUGCACACCUCAUAUGUCCAAAGAAAAAUUGGUUUGGAAUACAAGUCAAACACCAAUGAUCUACAAAUACAUUUAGUUAAGAUACCAUCGAAAGAAGACAGUGAUGUAAAUAUUACGGAUAACGAUCAUGCCAUUCAUAAUUUACAUGUAACAAAAACGAAUUUACUAAAACAAAUUGAAGACAUAGAGCUGGAUAUUAAGGAAAACGAAAGUAAGGCUCGGCAAUAUAUUAAAGAAAACAAAAGGCUAUUGGCUAAAACCUAUUUACGCAAAAAACAUUUAUUGGAGCAAAAUCAUGAGCGUCGCAGUUUAGCUUUACAUAACAUUGAGACUCUGUUGUCAAAUGUUCACGAAGCCAAGCUAAAUGGUGUUAUAUUGGAUGCCUACAAAUUCGGUUCGAAGGCUUUACAGAAUGCUCUUGAAGUUUCUAAUCUCAAAUACGAUAAUGUCGAUGAAAUUGUGGCAGAUGUACGCGAAACUAUGGAUUCAUAUAGGGAAAUCCAAGAUAGUUUAUCUAAUGCCAAUUUCAAUGAUUCUUUGACAUCUCAGGCCGAUGAAGAUGAAUUGGAACAAGAACUUAAGGAAAUUAUGGGUGAAUCAUCGUUCUCCACAAACACACCAACUAAGCCCGCAUCCGAGAAUAAUAACACCAGUGUUAGUAUGCCGCAGAAGGUUGAAAUCACCGAUUCCGAAUUAUUAGAUAUGCUAAAUGGCUUAGAAGUUGAGGAAAAUUCUCCCGGAAAAAAUAUUAGCGGUAAUGUGUUGGAUUCUUAGAAACUGUUAAUGUAAUGUUUUUAUAAAUUAAAAUAAUAAAUACAGCCCAAUUAUGAAUAAAAU